AAGUUUAUGAAUAGUUUGCACAGCAAUGUGCAAAAAAAUACCUAUUUCUGGUCCAAUAUUGCAGGAGAAGGCGCGAGAAAUAGCUAAGUCAUUAGAUGAUACAUUUGGUUCAUUUAAAGCAUCUAACGGAUGGUCACAAAAAUUUAGGAGAAGACAUAACAUUUCACAUCAUGUUAUUAGUGGUGAAAGUUCAUCUCUGGAUGUUCUCACUGUUUAUCAUUGGAUUCAACGAAUACCAAAAUUAAUUAAUGGAUAUGAUGCAAAAAAAUAUAUUCAGUUGUGAUGAAACUGGUCUGUUUUAUAAAGCUAUGCCUAAUAAAUCAUUAACAUUAAGUAAAGAAGAUUGUAAAGGUGAUAAAAAAAUCAAAACAUCGUUUUACUAUUUUUUUUUGGUGUUAAUGCAACUGGUGAAGAGAAACUGAAGCCUUUAAUAAUCGGUAAGAAUUAUUGUUUAGAUAUUUCUAAAUAUUAUUACAUGCUUGAAUACUUAAUAACUUUGCUUUUGAUUUUCCUCACAGGUAGAAGUUUAAGACCACGUUGCUUUAAAGACUUAAAUGUCAAUUCCGAUAGAUUGACCGACGAACAAGUCAGCGUGGAUGAAUGUCAAUUUGUUUACCGAAUGGUUAUCAAAUUUAAAUGCAUCAAUGAAAAAAAAAAAGAAAAAUCAUUUUUUUCAUUGAUAAUGCUCCAUGCCAUCCUGUUGAUAUUACUUUUUCAAACGUAAAAUUACAAUACUUUCCACCAAAUAUUACCGCAAAGCCUCAACCAUUAGAUCAAGGCAUAAUUCAAACGUUCAAAACUCAUUACAGAAAAUAUUUAGUAAAGCAUAUAAUAGAAUCCUGUGCAACAGCUCAGACACUAGAUGAUAUUAAAAUUAAAGACAAAUCAGAUGAUAAUAUAACAGCAGCAACAUCACCAUCAUCUAAUGAUCCAACAACAUCAGUAACAGAUGAUGAACAAUCUGUAGAAUCAAAAAAGUUGGAUCAUUUGUUACAAUAUGUCACAAUUGGAGGUCAAAAAAUGAGCGCAGGUGAUUUUAUUGAUAUGGAUAAAGAUGUACCUGCAUUUAAUGAAUGGUUUGAUAAUUGUGAAAAUCUGAUAGCUUGUGAUGUUAUCGAGCUACAUGAUGAUGGUGAUGACGAUGAAGAUGAAUGUAAAUCGACAGAAUCACCACCAAAAAUAACAGAAGCAAUGGAAAUGAUACGAAAACUUCAUUUGCUGGCAACAACACAACAACCACAAUUGCAUUCAUUGAUUAAUGAAAUUGAAUUUAGAUUAACUGAUAUUUAUAUUGACUCAAAAGUAAAAAGACAAACAACAUUAGAAGACUUUGAAAAAAAACUAAGUUUUGUAUUGUAA